GGCAGGGCCGCUGUCCACGGCGCCGCUGCAGCACCCUCGGCUGCUGCAGGCGCUGCUGGCAUGCAUCUUCACCCCCAGCCGGCCCCCCUCCCCCGACCUCAUGGCCGCCUGCGUGGAGCUGCUGGCCCGGGCCACCUGCGUGCGGCCCCGCCCGCCGCCCCUCCACCCCGGCACCACAGCAGCGGCAGCACCCAGCCCCGACGCAGCAGGAGGUAGUGGCAGCGGCAGCGGUGGGGGCGCCAGCCAGCAGCAGCAGCAGCACUCGCCGCAGCACCCGCAGCAGCAGGGGGGCGGGGAGGAGGAGGCGGAGGCGGAGGCGGAGGCCGCUGCUGCUCGCAUCGCUGAGACGCGUGCCGCGCUUCAGUGGGCUGUGGGGCUGCUGGGGCGGCCGCAGGGGCGGUUCACGGAGGAGGAUGCCCGGAUGGCGGCGGAGGUGUCCCGGCUGCCGGUGGUGGCGCACGGCCUGCUGCACGCGGUGGGCUGCCAGCUGGGCAGCCCCGCCUUCUACGAGGACGGCCCGGCGGCGGUGGCGGCGGUGCCCUCGCUGCUGCGCAUUUCGCUGGCGGUGGCGGCGGGGGGCGGGCAGCCGCAGACGUUCAUACCCCGGGUGCUGUCCGCCUGGUCGGUGGCGCUGACGGAGCUGCACCGGGGCGGGCAGGGCGAGGUGUGCCGGCUGCUGCUGGACGCGUGUGUGGUGCUG